AUGCCGGAGGCGACCCUGUCAACACUCCCAAAUACGCCCACAACUAUCGAUGACGAUUCAAAUUCGUUUCCUGACCGCUUCAAUAUACGAUUAAGUUCCGAGGAUCUGCGAGUGAGGCGUAUUAGACUCACAGCAAAGGAAGACCCGAACUUUCAGAAGCUCAUACCAAAACUCAAGCCACAACCGCAAAAUUGGCCGCUCGCGACACAACAGGACUUGCGGAAUCUCGUGAGUAGAUUCCUUCAAGCCAGCCAGAACGCUGCCGAAUUCUCGUCUACACUUGACCAAUUUGUCGAUGAAUUUCGUACGUGGCAGCAUACUCAGGGCAUGUCUCCCAUAUCCAAUGGGGAAUUCAACGCGACCCGUGCAUCUUGCAGACCCGGCAUUAAAGUGGAAAUUCGGCGGCUCAUUAUACCAUCAAUCAUCAAUAUAUGUCACAUACCGAAAAUCUUCACAUUUGGGUUAGAAAAAGAAUGGAAGAUAGACAAGAACUAUCGCUUACCUUCCACAGGGAGGGAAGACGUUAUAGCCCCACCGAAACCCGACAUUGCCAUCUCCUUCCCCUUCGACGCCUUCGACGCCCCGAGCAAUCGGGGCUGGCCCUCUCCAUACCCAACGGACCUCGAUUAUUGUCUGUCCCCAAAUGAGGAAAAUGGGGGAUGCUUUCCGUUCUUUUUCUGUGAGGCCGGGGAUGGCACUCCAAACGAGGAGGCAGCUUGUCACGCAAAUCUCUACAGCGCCAGCCAGGCGCUAUACAACAUCUUUCAGUGGAUGGACCGAGCGGGUCAGCGCGAUGUUUUCCUGCAGCGCGUCCGUGUCUUUUCGAUGGUCAUCGCCCGAAGCACGAUCGAUGUUCGCGUGCAUCGCGCAGAUGUUCAACAUGGCCAACUCUGUUUCUCUUUUGACGAGGUCUUUUCGUGCAAUAACUACACUAAAGAUGACGCCUAUCAAGUGUAUCGGAAUAUUCUCGAGAUUUAUGGGAAGGGUGUUCUCCUGAAGAUCCUACAAGCUGCGUUCCAGAAAGUGUCCGCGAAAGAGCGGUUACUGGUUCAGCGAGAAGGCGGGGAUGAGGGGACGUGA